CGAGGCUUCAAUAGGGAAGUUUGCGGAGCGCAGUUGUUCCCCAUCCAGUCCGGUGCAGUGUUUGCAAAUACCUUGAACGCAGGGAGAGGAGAAGAAGGAAGGAGGGGGAACUUGACGGACGGACUCUCGCUUGCUCCCGCUGCUCAACACAAGUCUGCGUCUGCAUCGCAGGGAGAUCACUCUUAUUCCGUUCGCUGGGUGUUUAUUUUUUUCUAUCUGUCUGAAAUAUAUAUAUAUACAUAUAUAUAUUAAAGUGCAGCUAAAUAGAUAAAUUUAAAAAAAUAUACAAGUUCGGUGGAAAAAAUGGAUGUUCUACCCAUGUGCAGCAUCUUUCAAGAACUUCAAAUAGUUCACGACACGGGCUACUUCUCAGCCUUACCGUCACUGGAGGAGUACUGGCAGCAGACAUGCCUGGAGUUGGAGCGCUACCUGCAGAGCGAGCCCUAUGUCUCCACGACCGACCUCAAAUUCGACGGCCAGGAGGACCUCUGGAGCAAGUUGAUCCUUGCCUGCGGGGACAAGUCUAAGGCCGAGUCCGACCCAAAGCUCCCCGCGCCCCACGAGGAAGACAAUCAGGACAGCCAGCUCUUGGACACCAACAGCGUGAAUUCGGACGCCAGCAGCGAGGCCUCGGACAGUUCUGAGGAGCUCUCACCCACUCACAGCUUUACCUCCAACCCUCUGGGCUCUGUCUUGGUUGGCACUGGACCUUUUAGCCCCUCCGUCAUCAGCACCCCGCCGUCCUCUCCGGAGGCCAACUCCGAGGCCGGGGGCGUCAUGAACGGCUGGGUGGCCGCGCACGCUGAGCUGCACUUGCCGGUCAAAAGCCGGAGCGGCGGGGCGGCAAAGAGCACGGAAAAGACGGGACUCAUCUGCGGGGAUGCGUCUCCGGACGGCAGGAGGCGAGUACACAGGUGUCACUUCAACGGGUGUCGCAAGGUUUACACGAAGAGCUCCCACCUCAAAGCACAUCAGCGCACUCAUACAGGUGAGAAACCCUACAGGUGUUCAUGGGAAGGCUGCGAGUGGCGUUUUGCACGAAGCGACGAGUUGACCAGACACUUCAGGAAGCACACUGGGGCAAAGCCAUUUAAAUGCAGUCACUGUGACAGAUGUUUCUCCAGGUCUGACCAUCUGGCUCUUCACAUGAAGAGGCAUGUCUAGAGCAGGGCAAGCACCAACCAAGCAACGCAGCGAAGGGGAAGAUAAGAAGUUGUUGUUUUUUUUUUGUUUUUUUUUUCAUAAAAUAAGAAAAAAGAGGAAAAAAAAAACCAAACAAAUGCCGUCUCCCGACCAGUCUCUUGGUUGAACUGUCCCAGAGCAGAGUGGUGGGAGUGUGUUCCAGCCAAAGCAUGCCGUUUUGCACCAUACUGAAACCCAGUGCCUCCGGGACCUCUCUUUGGAGAAAGGCGCUCUGAAGGUUGUCUGUUGCAACAAGAGGACAAAAUCAAGGAUGGGGAAGAAAUGUUCUUUUGUUUUUGUUUUUUUGGAUUGAGAAGGACUUACAACACACAAGAAAACAACAAAAAAAAAAGAAAGAAAAGAAAAACAAGACAAACAUACAGAGUGAAUGAUUUGUAUGUAUGGUGCAUGAUGUUUUGGGGACAUCUCCCAGACAGCAGAUACACUGGUACUUUACUAAACUGUCUGAGGCGAGCAUGAGUGCACUGUGAAUGUCUGGGAUUGGCUAACCGGCCCCAUGGGAAAGAGGAGAAGAGAAAAAGGAGAGGAUUUUUUUUUGGUUGGGGAGAAGAGAUGGAUUGGUGUGGUUGGAUGGCGCGGGGCCGGUGCCGAUGUUGCUGUGGACUGAAUGGUUUUCUGGGGGAAACAUUCCACUUGUGUUUCCCUGGUGGCAGUGUGAGGAUGGGGCAUGGAGGAAGUUCCUGCCUGCCUGUCUGUCUGUCUGGCACCCAGACUUGGGAGGGAGGAGUAAGGGGGGGGGGGGGGGGGCUGCUUAUUUGAAGCUCUUGAUGCCUUGGGUUUGACCAGAGAGAACAUGGAGAGAGGUGUUCUGGUCUGUGACCCAGGGGCCAAAUCUCCUCCCAGGUCACUGUAUGACAGGAGCUUUUUUGGUGUUUUUGGUGCAGCUACUAAAUGUGCAAUGUGUUAUGUAGCCUGGUUUAUUAUUUUUUUACAAGCUACAAAGCUCAUUUGUAGUCCAAUUGUAUAAGCUGUGUGCUUAGAGGUAUAACACAACUAUACUAUAACUUCAGUAUCAUAGACAGGUGUUGCAUGGUUCUAGGGUUUGUUCAUUUCCUGUUUCCACUGUAAUCAGGACUGCAAAUAGUUUCAAUAAAAAGUGCAGCUAAAAUGCGAACGGUUAAAUGUUACAAUAUUGUACAUAAAGCCUUGAUGAUUUCCUCUUUUUACUUUCACCCAUUUUCUUCAUUCUGUUUUUUUUUUUUUUUUUUCCCCAUCUGGCUGGAGAUUUCACCACUGCUUACUAACUUUUCUCAUUCAUCCCAAGCCUUGAGGGACUCACUUUUGAUUAGUAGGGUUUUUUUUUUCUUUUGUACUUUCUUUCUAUCUAAUAAUGCACUGUUGACCUUAAUGGUGCCUUAUGCAAGUGACUCAGCCCUGUGGUGGCGGUGGCUUUUGCUCCCGCGGGGUGUCACAUUUGUUGUCUGGGUGAUUCGACCAGCUUGAUCAAGGCUCAAUUACAAAUGAACUAGCACCUCCUUCGGGUUUAAAGGCGGCAAAGGCAAACUAAAUGAAAAUCCGAUGGUUAAUCGGGUUGAAAUGUAAAUGUUCACAGAAGUACCUUCUCUCUGUUGAUUGCCUCUUUGUAUUGGUUUUUCUGAGCGCCAGUUCAGUUGAUGUCUGUCAUGUUAAAUUAAGUCCCAACAUGUAUAGAAGACUGUAUGUUUAGAGCACUUAAAUCCAUUAUUAAAGAUUUUAACUACUGUGUAGUAUGUACUCCAUUACACACAGCGCUGAGGUGUAAACCACCUGACCAGCUUUGCAAAAAGGUCUCAAGAGCACUGCUCCUUUUUCCCCUUGUAUCCUUCCCUGUCACCAGCCGCCGGCCCCCUCUUCCUCCUCCUCCUCCCGCUCCCAUCACUGUCCCUACCACCCUUGCAAGUGGGACUGAAGAAAAAGCUAAAGAUUUAUUGUAAUUAACAGGCUGCAGUCGGACAGGCCUCGCCUUGUACUGCCUCUGCGUAAUGAAUUGCUAAAGGCUUUGUUGGCAUGGAAUCUGUCACAGACUGCUGACUGUGUAGGUUGGUUAUUGACCUGUCUGGGGAGCGUUGUUUUAGCCAAGCUGCAACAGUAUUAUGAAAACCAGGAGCGAGCGAUGGAGGGCGGCCCAGUGUCGGGUCUCUCGGGAGGAGAUGCAAGUCGGAUCAAGCAUUAGCUGUGAACGAAAAAAAAAAAAAAAUCUUUUUAACAGUUGUAGGGAGAUGGAAUGGAUGUUUGACAGUGUAGAGGAGACUAAAGUAAUUCUAGGGAUUCUGCCGAUCAGGAUGGGGCGACCUGUGCCACCCGCUCCAGAUCAGCGACCUCGGUGCAGGAAUUCGAUGUUGCAGCAAGUCACACUGUGGCAUGCUGCGACGUAUGGAUUUCGGAUCAGAGGGCGCAGGAGGCGGGAUGAGCACAAACUUGAAACUGCUUGCUGCAGUAGAUUUUUGGGAGGCGCUGGCAAGGCCUUAAGAGCAGGAACAUCCAUUCGGUUAAAAAAAAAGAAAAAAAAGAAAAGAUAAUUGAGCCUUGAUUUAAGCCUCGUGUUUCGUUUUCUUUUUUUUUUUUGCUUGCAUCUUUUACACUCUUCUACUAUCUCUUUUAUUCAUCCCACCACCCCAACUGUUCUGUCACACACACACAAACACACACAGCUCUUUGUUCUCAACUGAAUCUUUGUAUAAAAAGAAAAAAAAACACAACUUUUGUAAAAUUGUUAUGUUUAUGCUUUAUGAAAUUUUUAUUUGAAAUUGUUUUGCAAAAUUGUUAUAUUUCUGUAUGAAUGUAUUUUUUAUUGGAAUAAUAAGAAAUUCUUAUCUGA